UCAGAGUCGGGGAGUGUGAGAGGUCUGGAGUAGUGAGUGAACGAGAGUCUGGACUAGCGGGCUACCCCGAGUCAGUCAGUGUGCCACCGGCGACCGUAGCCUCGGUGCAGGAGAACGUGGUUUUUAACGUUCCGUCAGGUCGAUCGCGUCUCUGCCACUUAACGAGAAGAGAGAGCUUUUUUCCUCAUCGUGUGCGAUCUCCUCCCUCUUUGGAGAAAAAAAAAAAAACACAGCAAAUUUUUGCCGACAAACAACGACGACGAGGACGUGUGAUAUAUCGGCAUGUGAUGUAUCGGCGUUUUAAAUAGUCGCGACGCGUUAGUGAGAAAACAAACGGUGAUUUUUUGGAUUUCGACGAAUCGAGUUUAUCGCGCGCCGAGUGAACGAUAUACAUCAUCAUCAUCAUCAUCAUCAUCAUAUAUAUAUUAUUCCGCUUCUCGCGCGCGUGACUGUGAAACGCGACAGCAUUUUACGCGGCUGUCAUCUCUAUUUCACUCUCUUUCUUCCCGUCCAGCUUUUGCUUUAUAUUACCUAUUGGCUGAGAGGUGUGAGAGAGCGCUCGAAUAGUGAACGGGUUGAGUCAUCGGGGAACGCGCUCAAACACACACACGUUCGGUAUCUCGGAAAGGCCGCGGGAUUUGGAAUCAGCAAAGAGGCGGCCGCCUGAUUGAUACGCGCGGCUCUCCUCUCACGCGGAGGAUCCGUCCUUUCUUUUCCGUCUUGCGCGCGAGAUAUUGCACAUAUUGUAUUUUUUUUUUUUUUACAUCCGCGUGUCUUAUCUACCUCGUUCACAAUCCCUCUCUCUCUCCCAAUCGCUUCCGUUACGUCGCAUCGACUGCAAUUUGUCAUCGCGGAGCGUCUUCGAUCGAAGCCAGGAAGCCGGAAGUGUAUUUGCUCAUUGUAUCGCUCUACGAGAGACAGCGAGAGAGGAGGACAAGCACCUCGAAGACACAAAAGCGGUUCGAAGCUCCGGUCGAAGGACGUUCGUCCGUUUGUUGUGUCGCGCCGCGCCGGCGGGAAUCACCUCCCCCCCCCCUUCCGCCCCCGCAAAGUGCAAUGUCGUAAAUCCGUGGAGAGAAGUGCGCGGGAUUUCGGGGAUAAGUCAUCGUGAGAAGAGGACAACAACAAGUCGCGCGGAAUGUCGCGCCAAGUGUUCUGGUAGUUUUGUGAUUUGAGGAGGCGGGAGCAGGUGGAGGAGAAGAGGAAGGAUCUAUCUGUUCGCGCGUCAUCCGAAAGAGAGACAGAGAGAGAGUGAGAGAGAGAGAGAGAGACAGUUUAGAAAAUCAUGCUGGAAGAUCAACCGUUGGAUCUUAGCGUACGCGUAGGCGAUCACGCGGAGCUAACCCGGGACGACAAGGACGAGCAGGAUCAUCAGCGGGAGCGCAAGGAUCUGCUGCUGCCUGUCGACGAGUACGGCAACGCGGCCGCCGCCGCUCUACGAUGCUUCGCUCCGGAAUACGCGCAGGAGCGGGAAGAUCGGAGCCUGUCCGAAGACUCGGACGACUCGUGCUCCGACAACAAGGACGGCGGCGGCGGCGGCGGCGGCUGCACGAGAUCGCGAUCCAGGCCGCCCGGCACAAAGCCCUACAAGAAGAAUCUUAUGCGACGAUAUCUCGACACCAGGGAGGUGCAGCCGCACGACACGGGCGAGAAGGAACAGCUGGGCCUCGCGAACGUGAAAGUUGAGCCGGGAUCGACCGGGGCGACGACUACCAGUAGCACGGGGACUCGUCUGCUUCACGGCAUCCUCUCGCAGCAUCCCCAGCAGCAUGGCCUGGGGCUGCAGAACGGAUACGGCCGGCACUUGGCCGGUCACGCUCAGAUGGGCCAGCCGCCGUACACCACUGCCGCCAUUGCCACGACGAGUACGCCAGGAAGCGGAUCACUGCCAGCGAGUCCAGCGGACAGCGGAGUCAGCGACGUUGAGUCCAGCACGUCCUCCGGCGGCAACGAGGACGCGAAUCUCUUACUGAAGGCCAGGCUCAAUCCGAAUUCGUCCCUCCAACCGAGUCUGGCGUCUCAUCACUCUCAUCUGUCGUCGGCACUCGGCAGAUCGGCCUGUCACAGUCCCAGCGUUUACCCGUCGACGGCGAGCUUCCUGCCGCCCUCCUAUCAUCCUCAUCAACAUCAUCCCUCCCAAUAUCACCCACACCGGGGGAGCUCGCCGCAUCAUCAGCACAACAACCACACCAUGGGUCCGACGAUGGGGCCGCCCCACCAUCACCAUCACCACCAUCAGACGCAGAGUCUUCAGCACUUACAUUACCGUCAGCCGCCCACAUUAUCCGAGAGCUACAGCAGUUAUGUGAACUCCAUGUACGGCGGAGGCGGCCAGUUCGCGACCCCCUGCACCCCGAGCCCGCCUCGGGGACCCGGCGGCGUGCCCACCAGCGUGAUCCAGGCGGCCACCAGCUCCGUCACGGACGACCUCUAUCUGCUCGAGCUCGGCUUCCCGCCGCGCAGCAAGAAGAACAAACUGAAGAAGCCUAGGCAGGGCGAGGGCGGCGCCGCUGUGAAGCGGAAGUCGCGCGAGGGCUCGACAACGUAUCUGUGGGAGUUCCUGCUAAAGUUGCUCCAGGACCGGGAGUAUUGUCCGCGCUACAUCAAAUGGACGAAUCGCGAGAGGGGAGUUUUCAAGCUGGUCGACAGCAAAGCGGUCUCGCGACUUUGGGGUUUGCACAAGAACAAACCGGACAUGAACUACGAGACGAUGGGAAGAGCUUUGCGCUAUUACUAUCAGCGCGGUAUCCUGGCGAAGGUGGACGGUCAGCGACUCGUUUACCAGUUCGUCGAUGUGCCGAAGGACAUCGUCGAGAUCGACUGCACGGGCGCAUGAGAACCGAUCCGUCCCGCGGGGGACGUGGAAAUGCGACCAAACAGCAGCAGUGUUCUGGCGCGAAGUGCGUUUUCGCGCGGACGUUGCCGAACGUCAUUGCCGUCGCUGAUGUCACGGCGUCACGAGCCCGUCGCGGGACUUUAUUCGUGCGAGAGGUCGUCAUCCAGCGGAUCUUCUCGACGAAACGCGCCGACCUGGCACACCCCUCAGACGUUGUAAAAUGCGUUCUCUCUCUUCCUGACUGUCUGUCCCCCUUCCUUAUUCUCCCCCUCUCUCUCCUUCUUUAUCUUUGUUAUAUUUGUUCCCUUCUUUCAUUCUUUCUUUCUUUCUUUGUUCCUUGUAUUAUUAUAUCUAUGUAAAUGUAAUAUUAAGGCGCUCUGAGUGACAACGUCGUCGGAGGUAGUCCCGACCCCAAUACCUCGUCCUCCUCCUGCGGUCCGUCUCUUUCUUCGUGUGUUCGAGUACCGCGCAGGAUCGGGAUAGAGAGAAAAAAAAAAAAAAAAACACGACACGCCCGAUGGUGCUCGACUCGUCGAAAUUUUGUACAAAAUUUAGUUCUUAAUGUCAAGAGAAAAACUAAAGAAUUUGUAUCUCGGGAGCGUAAAUCCUCUCGAACGUGUGUCCGAAAGGGGUACACCGUCGGAUAAAUUACUUAAGUGUAAAACAGAGCUGCGCCGCUACGUUGCGCUUUCGAAAAUCACACCGAGGAUUUAAAAAAAAAAAAAAAAAUCGAAGGUCCAACCUGGCGAGUGCUCAGCUUUAGUUGUAAAUCAUCGGAAAACGAAAAAUUGUACAUUUAAAAGCGAGCGAUAAAUUAUUUAUUGUAUAUUAGAUGUUUAUAUAUAUAUAUAUAUAUAUUAUAUAUGUUACCUAAGAAAAUUGUUAUGCGCGCGUGCCACGCAAAUGAAAAAAAAAAAAAAAACAUACUAUAUGUGGAGGAAAGUUUACAAAAAAAAAAAAAAGAAAAAAACCUGAAACGAAAUGAGGGCUGUGAAAGGAGUCGAGAGGAAAGGGGAGGAGACGAGUAAAGUAAAACGAGCGCGGAAAAAAAAAUUGAGAAGUGUCUCUAGAAAUUGUUUCAACGGAGCGCAAGAGCUCAGGGGGAAAGGGGUAUACACACAUUAUAUUUUUUUAAGUAUAAGCGAGGAAAGGGAGAGAGAAAAGUUUUGGCCCUUUCGAUCUUUCGCGAAGCUGAGGGUGCAACAACGCAAGAGGUGCUGGUUAUUAUAAAAAAUACACAUACACACACAUACACACACUGAGGUCCAAGAAUAUUACUUAGCAAACCUAGUGUUAUACUGGAUUCGUAACAAAAAAAAAAAAUCACCGAAAUACAACAUUAUUAUCUCUCUGUAUAUAGAUAUAAAAAAAUAUAUCUUUUAAACAAAAAAGAUAUAUAUAUAUAUAAAUAUUAUUGACUAUUAUAUAUAUUAUAUAAAUAUAUAUAUUGUAUGUUAUAUAUAUAUAUAUAUAGUGAAAUAAAAAACGUGAAUGGUUGAUGUGUCUCUAUGAGAUUUUUAGCGUCACGUUGGUGCGCAAAGGGCGCUUUUAACCGUCUCGUGCGACGUCUCUCUUUUCAAAUCUUUCUACUACACUAUUUUUUCUUUCGUAUAUACGUUAGAUCGGGGACGACAACACUUUGUACGAUGCUUGAAAACCACCGCCGUCUAUCGCGCGAGCGUAAUAUUCGAGCCUCCCCUCAAGUCGCAGUCAAAACGCACACGCAUCGCUCGUCUCGCGCAUGUUCAGACUGAUGAAAGACGUCGCGCGUAUACAUAUACAACAAAGAGAAGGCUGCCCGGCGCGCUCGGGGUGCAUGUUAAAUAUAUGUACUGGUAACUUUAGAGUAAAAAAAUUUUUAACUUAUUGAGACACCCCCCACCCCCCUAAAAGAAAACACGUGACGCGCGCGAGUGCAAGUGUAUCCUAUGUAGCUCUAAGUUUUUGUAUAUAAUAUAUUAAAAAAAAAAAACAAGAAACAGCGUAUAUAAGAGAGAUACGUUUGUGGAACACGUGCGUAAAUAAAUUUGUUGGUUUGUUGUUCUCACGCGAUUACGUCUUCUCGCGAUUCAACCGCGGGAAGUGAAGAGAAGAUAGAUAGAUAGAUAGGAAAGAGUUUAUAUGCGAGAGAGGAACACGAUAGUUAGAUCGCGCGUUGCGGACGCGUGUAUGUAUAUACACACAGGCCGAUUUCGCGCUACAGCCUCGGGUUUAUUCCGAAGAGAAACGAAAAAUAUAUAUAUAUAUAUACGAUAUAUAUGAAACGAUAUAUAUAUAUAUAUAUAUCGUACUAUUUAUAUCGUAUAAAUACGAUAUAUAUAUAUACAGUACAUACGUUGGAACAGAGUGAUCCAGUGCUGCCAAUAAAUGCCUGAGAAAAAAAAAACAGUCCCUUUUGCAUUUGUCACUUGGAUCGGAAUCGCCCGAGCCAAAGCACACGCAAUGCUAUCAGAUCGAUCAAUGUUUCUUAUAUGGGACACCAUACAUACCGAUGAUACAAAGCAAAUUGCCUUCUUGUAUUAACAAAGACAUGUUGCCUUCUAACAAAAAAAAAAAAAAAAAA